AUGUUGACCGAUAAACACACCAGACCCCGGGAUCCCCAUAUUUUUGAGAUUGCCAUUUUUUGUGCUUUGCACCUCGAAGCCGAUGCGAUGAUCGCGUUAUUCGACGAUAUUUGGGAGCCGGAAGAACAGUAUAAGAAGGGCCCUGGCGACACUAAUAGCUAUACCUUUGGUCGAAUCCAUCAACACCCUGUUGUGCUAGUACACAUGCCUCGUAUGGGCAAGGCAUCGGCUUCCAGUGUGGCAGCCAGCUUGCGGUCCAGCUUUCCAUACAUCCGAGUGGGUUUCCUGGUUGGAAUAUGCGGUGGUGUGCCUUUCUCUGGGUGUGGCAAAGAAGAGAUCAUCCUAGGAGAUGUUCUUAUCAGCACACAUAUUGUCCCAUCUGAUUUUGGGAGGCUAUACCCGCACACCUUUCUUCGCAAGAACUCGCUCCUGGACAAUCUUGGCAGACCAAGCCCGGAGAUUGGUGGGUUUUUAUCCAAACUCCAAGGGCAAGCUGCCCAGACCAGUAUUAAGGAUUCAAUGCGAGCGGAUCUUACGCUUUCAGAAUAUCCCGGUUCUAGCAAAGACAAACUUUUUGAAGCAGUCUACAGCCAUAAACAUGGUGAGGCAACAACGUGUACAGUUUGUGCCCAAUGGACACACCCCGAAGAUGAUGUCUGCGCUGAGGCCUUGAACUCAUCUUGCGCUGACCUUGGGUGUGAUCCAAGUAGACUGGUGCCUCGGGCUAGAAUACAUGCGAUGAACAUGAAAGGUUACAGCGCAUCAUCUUACUGUCCUGAUAUACAUUUUGGUGGACUAGCUUCAGGCGAUCAAGUCAUCAAAUCUGCAUUCCAUCGUGACCACAUUGCCAAGCAGGAAGGUGUGAUUGGCUUCGAAAUGGAAGCGGCUGGACUAUGGGACACGAUCCCGACCAUCGUGGUUAAAGGGGUGUGCGACUAUGCCGAUAGCCAUAAGGGCAAAGAUUGGCAGCCCUAUGCUGCAGCAACAGCAGCAGCCUGCGCAAAGGGUAUACUUAAGAUAUGGAGGGGGUCAGUAAGACAAAUGGAGGAUAGGUCUGAUGAAAAACAACCUGACCCGUCGCCAACGAAUCAAAUCUUCAGUGGCAAUUUCACAGCUGGGAGGAACAUCUACAACGGUGGCACUUUCACUGCCGAAUCGAUAACUUUCUGA